AUGACGAUGAACUUGGAGUCCAAAUCUAUUUCUGAACUGUCAGCGUCGCUUCGUCAGUUAAUCGGUGAUAAGUUGUCACGCGAAAAGUUAAAUGAAAUUUUAACUAUUCUUCACCAAAUGAAAGCUCAAGGGGUAACUGAGACAAAUAACCCUGAAUGUGCUUCGGCUUUGAAUUAUUUACGAUCCUUGCAACUAGAUCUAAAUAAUCGCUCAAACUUAAAAACACCACGAACUGAAGAACAAAUUCGAAGGCUAAAAUGUCAGAAAUAUGCGUUUGCGCUCCUGGCUAAUGAUUUACCUGUACCAAAUCACGUAUUCAUAGGAAUGAUGUCUUCUGCACAAGUAGAAAAAUUUUUGGCGACGCAAGCUUUGGAACCUUCUUUGAAAUUUCCCGCUAAAAUACUCAUGGAUGAUUCACAACCCAUUUGUAUACCUUAUAUUCCCACACCUGAACAGGUUUCUGGAAUACAAAAGUCCGUUUUUGAUCGUGAACAAGAAAUACGUAAUAGAAUUAAUAAGCGUAUAGAAGAUCUCGAAAAUUUACCUUCAAAUUUGGCUAAUGAUCCUUUUAAAAUUGGUCAUAUUGAUGGGGUUAAUAAUACUACUGUGGGCCCUAAAUUAAAGGCAAUAAUCGAACUUAAAUCAUUGAAAUUAUGGGAAAAACAACAAAAGGCAUGCUAUCUAUUUUUUCUUUUUCUUCUCCUCAUCAAAAUUGUAAUAUAUGGUCAUCUACGAUCGAACGCUGUGAAAUUACGACAAGAAAUAUUACAAUUUUCAAACUAUCGAAAACCUGAGCCUAUCCGAUCAAUGACUGUAUACCGACGGAAAGCUGCGGUACCUGUGCGAGAUUGGCCUACAACUGAAAGGGCUGAGAGAGAACGAGUUCAAGCGCGUUUGCGUCGUGUAAGAGAUUCUAGACUGGAGUACAUCAAUGCUAUUUGUCUACAUGGUCAAGAAAUUAGAUACGCACAUGAUAUGAAAUACGAGAAACGCAUUAGAAUGGGACGUACAAUAUUAAACUUUCACUCAAAUAUUCAAAAACAAGCACUAAAAGAGAAAGAACGAGUUUCUAAAGAACGUAUUAAUGCACUUAAGAACAAUGAUGAAGAGGCGUAUCUAAAACUUAUAGAUGAAGAGAAAGAUACUCGUAUUACACAUCUAUUGCGUCAAACUGAUACAUAUUUGGAAUCUUUAACGCAAGCCGUCGUUGAUCAGCAAAAUCAUCAUCGUCGUUUGAAUAAAGGUAAAGGUAAAUUAGUAGAUUCAUCUGAUCAUACGGUAUCGGCUAGUAGUAUCACAGCUACUGAAGAUGAGGAUAAUAUAAUUGAAACAACGGAUGGUAAAAAGAUCGAUUAUUAUGUUGUUGCACAUCGAGUUCAAGAGAACGUCGAACAACCAAGUAUUCUCAUCGGUGGUCUAUUAAAAGAUUACCAGGUCAAAGGUCUCCAAUGGAUGGUUUCUUUAUAUAACAAUCAUUUGAAUGGCAUUUUAGCCGAUGAAAUGGGUCUAGGAAAAACUAUUCAGACUAUUUCAUUAAUCACGUACCUUAUUGAAAAGAAAAGACAAAAUGGCCCCUUUUUAAUUAUUGUUCCAUUAUCCACUAUGACUAAUUGGCAAAUGGAAUUCGAAAAAUGGGCACCUGUAGUCUCAGAAAGACUAUGUAUAUACAAAGGCACACCUACUGAGCGAAAGGCCUUACAAAGAAAAUAUUUACGUUGCCUGGAUUUUUCUGUCUUCUUAACGACUUAUGAAUAUAUUAUAAAAGAUAAAACAGUUUUGAGCAAACCACGAUGGCUUUAUUGUAUUAUAGAUGAAGGUCACCGUAUGAAGAAUGUCAAUUCGAGGCUCUCAUUAGUUUUAAGUAAAGAAUAUAAUUUCCGAUAUCGACUUAUCCUUACAGGAACUCCGUUACAGAAUAAUUUACCUGAACUUUGGUCUCUAUUGAACUUUGUCUUGCCUAAGAUAUUCAAUUCCGUUAGUAGUUUUGAAGAAUGGUUUAAUACACCAUUUGCGAAUGCUGGUGGACAAGAUAAAAUUGCUUUGAAUGAGGAAGAGUCUUUACUUGUUAUUCGGCGACUACACAAGGUGUUAAGACCUUUUCUCCUCCGUCGGUUAAAAAAGGAUGUUGAAUCCGAAUUGCCAGAUAAAGUUGAACGUGUUAUCAAGGUUAAAUUAUCAGCUUUGCAGAUCAAGCUCUACCAUCAAAUGCAAAAGCAUGGUGCGCUUUUUGUAAAUAAAGGAGAAAAAGGAAAAACUGGUAUUAAAGGACUUAAUAAUACCAUUAUCCAGCUUCGUAAGAUCUGCUGCCACCCUUUUGUGUUCAAAGAAGUCGAAACUGAUGUCAACACAAGUAAUGACGAAACAAUGCUAAUCCGCGUUUCGGGUAAAUUCGAGUUCCUUGAUCGGAUUUUACCGAAACUUCUUCAGAGCAAGCAUCGUGUGUUGAUCUUUUUCCAGAUGACCGCUAUAAUGGACAUCAUGGAAGAUUACCUUCACUGGCGCCAGUACAGAUUUCUUCGACUGGAUGGUAACAUUAAGGCUGAAGAGCGAACAAGGCUUUUAAAAGAUUUUAAUACACCAGAUUCUCCGUAUUUUAUUUUCCUUCUUAGUACACGUGCUGGAGGACUUGGAUUGAAUCUGCAAUCUGCUGACACCGUAAUAAUUUUUGAUUCGGAUUGGAAUCCGCAUCAGGAUCUUCAAGCUCAAGAUCGAGCCCAUCGUAUUGGACAAACAAAUGAAGUUCGAAUUUUACGAUUGAUAAGUCAAAAUUCUAUUGAGGAGACUGUUCUUGCUAGAGCUCAGUAUAAGCUUGACAUUGAUGGUAAAGUCAUCCAAGCUGGCAAAUUUGAUCAAAAGAGUACUCCUCAAGAACGUGAAGCUUAUCUGCGUUCUCUCGUGGAAGGAUCCAACGUAGAAGGAAAUGAUGUGGAUGAACACGAGGAAUUAGAUGACGAUGAAAUUAAUGUAAUUCUUGCGAGAAAUGAUGAUGAACUCACGUUGUUCAAAAAAAUAGACAUACAAAGAAUUCGCGAUGAAGAAAUUGAAUGGCGUAGAAAAGGUAAUACCGGAUCUGUACCUAAUAGGCUUAUACAGGAGAACGAAUUACCUGAUGUGUAUUUGAGAGAGUAUGAGACACUUCCUGAUACUGGAGUUGAGUAUGGUCGUGGGCAAAGACAACGCAAGGAAGUAAUUUAUGAUGAUGGAUUAACUGAGGAUCAGUUUUUAAAUGUGGGUCUCUUAAUGUCUUACUUGUGCAUUAAUUUUGAUCUUGAAGGUCUAAUCGCCAAAAAACAAUUACGCCGGCAAGCAAAAAAGAAGCGUAGAGAAACCAUUAAUACUGAAGAAUCAUCACCUCAUCCUAAUGAGCUUGAUGAGAUGUUAGAUAGUAUACCAACAGCAUCUGCUUCAGGUGUCAUAAAGAGGAUAACACUUAAACGUACAGUAGGUGAAAUUGAAGCCGACGAGACAGAAGAAACGCAAGAUGCAGAUGCAUCUGUUGAUACGAAUGCUACGCCUAGAGUUUCUCGACGUAAAUCUAGAAAGUUAACAUAUUCUAUUAAAGAACAAUCUUAUCCAGGCCAAAAAAGAAUCCGUAAACCUGAUAUGAUCGUAGAUUCAGAAGAAGCUGCUGCUACCGUUGUUGAAGCGCUUGCAGAAUUAGCAGUGAUUCCUAAUCAGAAAAAAAAAGGCAGAAGGCGUAAAUUUGAUAGUAUCGAAGGUGACAAUGAAUCGUCAUCUUCGGUUAAGAGAAAGAAUAAAGGUAGUAAGAUAGAUAACGUUGAAGUUGUCAUAGAACAAUCCACCUUAACUAAAAAGAAAGGUAAAGGGCGUAAGAUAGAUGAAAUAAUCGAUGAUGAUGCUCAAGAUGCAUCAAAGCUAAAACACAAAAAAUCUAGUAAAGAAGAAACACCACUAAAGGCUAUUCUCUCAGAAUGCCUUGACUAUAUUGAAAAUUUGACCGAUGAAGCAAAUGGAGUCACACGAAGAAGAGCCACUCUUUUCCUCGAACUUCCGAGUAGGAAGAAAUAUCCUUAUUAUUAUGAACAAAUUGAGCAUCCCAUUGCAACCAAUAUAAUCCGCCAAAAACUAAGCCACGAUGAAUAUAAAUCGGCAGAACAAUUUAAGAAUGAUGUAUACUUAAUGUUUGCUAAUGCUAGGACUUUUAAUAUCGAAGGGUCCCAAGUUUAUGCUGAUGCGGAGUUUAUGCAGGCAGAGUUUGAUAUCAAAUUUAAAGCACUAUGUGGUAACUAA